CUACCCACUAGCGAAGCGCCUAUAGGUGGCAGUUCGAACCACAGCACUCCUGCACAACACACGAACCCAUACAGCAGCCCAGACGGCACAUUAGGACCAGGUACAAGCGACGGAACAAGAGGCAUGGGCGACGGACAAACUGGCGACAGGGGAGGCGGACUGGGCGUACGAGACACAACUAGCCACCUGGGAGGCUUCGCUGACAAAGGGAACAGGGCUUCGCCAUGAAUGCGCUCAUGGGAGGCAACAAGCAAAAUAACGGUGGCCACGGUGGUGGUGGUGGUGGCGGCGGCGCUGGAGGCCUCGUCGGUCAACUCGCUGGCUCGUUGCUUGGAGGUGGAAAGCAAUCUGGAAACUCUUCCGGCGGCCACGGCAGCAGCAGCGGUGGUGGUGGUGGUGGUGGUGCUGGAGGGCUAGUCGGCCAACUUGCUAGUGGUCUUCUAGGUGGUGGCAAGCAGCAUGGAAACUCUUCUGGAGGACAGCAAGGUAACACUUCUAGCCAUGGUUCGAGUGGUGGUGGUCUUGCCGGCGGCCUCGGAGGUAUGCUCAGCGGCGCGUUGGGCGGAGGAGGAUCUCACGCCAAACCGAACAACGAUUACGGCUAUAGCGGCUCUGGCGCCCCAUCCGGUGGAUCGUACACUGGUACUGCGCCGCCUUCCUCGUACAACCCCGGUUCUCAGUACGGCGGCGGCCCUCAAGGUCAUCCAGGCCACUCAUCUACCCCCGGACAGUCGUACGGCCAAGGACAUGGAAACCAGGGACAGGGACAGGGACAGGGACACGGUGGCUAUGGCUCGCAACAACACACUCCACAACCACAGCAGGGACACGGUUAUGGCUCACAGGCCGGUUUCGGUGGACAGUCUGGUUAUGGCGGACCAGCUCCUAGCUACGGCCAGGGUCCACCAUCGUCAGGUCCCGGCGGCUACGGCCAGCAAGCGGGAUACGGAGGACCUGCAUACGGCGCUCCUCCUGGCCCCUACGGUGGCCCAGGAAACUACGAUAACCACCAGCACAACCAGUAUGGUGGUGCCCCGACACACCAGAACCAGUACGGUGGAGGCCAACAGUAUCCUCCACCUCCAGGUCAAGGAGGCAGCUACGGCGGCUCACAGGGUCACCACGCACCCCAGCCCGGCUGGCAGUAAACCUUG